ACUUUACUCAUUCUUCUUCCUCUCCCACUUCCCCAAAAGCUAAACCAUAAUUCAACCAAAUGAAGGGCAAUUCAAUAAUUUCAAAUCAUAACAUAAAAUGAAAGUUACCAUCACCCCUACACCAAAUCAAGAAGGUCUUGCCUUGAAAGCAAGCAACCCCAAUACCCUCAUCCAUACACUUCCUCCAAACCCAACUCUAUAAGCCAUCUUCUUCUUCUCCCCCCCAUUUGAGACAACCCUUCCCCUUUCCUCAUCAUGACCAUGAAAACACUAAUCAUAAUAGUGACACUGGCCUCCACCCUCCUCCUCCUCCUAUCUCUCCUCUACCUCUCCACCCAAUCCAUCGCAUUCCCACCCACAAUCAAAACUUUCAAUUCCCCCAAGUACCCCGUUACCUUCGCCUACCUCAUCUCCGCAUCAGCCGGCGACGCCCGCAAGCUCAAGCGCACGCUGCGGGCCCUCUACCACCCUGCCAACUACUACCUCCUACACCUCGACGCCGGCGCGCCCCAGGCGGAGCGGGAGGAGGUCUCGCGCUACGUGGCGGAAGAUCCUGUGUAUGGCGAGGUGGGUAAUGUGUGGGUGGUCCAGAAAAGCAACUUGGUGACUUACAGAGGGCCCACAAUGCUGGCCACCACCCUCCACGCCAUGGCAAUGCUGCUGAGGAGCUGCAAGUGGGACUGGUUCAUCAAUCUCAGCGCUUCUGAUUAUCCUCUUGUCACUCAAGAUGAUCUGAUCCAUGUUUUCUCUGAUUUGCCGAGGGAUCUCAAUUUUGUGCAGCACAGUAGUCGCUUGGGUUGGAAAUUGAAUAAGAGAGGGAGGCCAAUAAUAAUAGAUCCAGGGCUGUACAGUCAGAACAAAUCAGACAUCUGGUGGGUUAUCAAGCAGAGGAGUCUCCCCACUGCCUUUAAGCUCUAUACAGGUUCUGCUUGGACAAUACUAUCAAGAUCGUUUGCAGAAUACUGCAUACUGGGUUGGGACAACCUGCCCAGAACCCUCCUUCUCUACUACACCAACUUUGUGUCGUCGCCGGAGGGAUACUUCCAGACGGUCAUAUGCAACUCGGAUGACUACAAGAACACCACCCUCAACAAUGAUCUCCACUACAUUGCUUGGGACACCCCUCCAAAGCAGCAUCCCAGGUCCCUUGGCCUCAAAGAUUUCAAAAGAAUGUACUUGAGCAACCGCCCUUUUGCCAGAAAGUUCAAGCAGGAUGAUCGCGUUCUUGACAAGAUCGACAGGCAGCUUCUGAAGAGACACCCCGGACAGUUCAGCUAUGGUGGGUGGUGCUCUGGGGAUGGAAGAACGCAUGGCUCUUGUUCGGGUUUGCAGAGCCAAAGCUAUGGUGUUCUAAGGCCUGGACCUGGUUCAAGAAGGUUGAAAACUUUGAUAACAAAAACUCUCCCUGAAAGGAAAUACAAGAGACAAUGUAGAUGAUUCUUUCAAGUUUGAAGUAGAUCAAUACAAAAUACAAGUACUGUUAUCUUAACAGGAACAGCUAUGGUUGAGAAGCUGUCAUCAUAUAUAUAUAUUGGGUAGUCUUCAAUCUAGGAGUGCAAAAUAUUGAUGGGCCUUUGUUUGGGCUUCUUCGACUUCUCGGGCCGGGUCGAGUUGGAGACUUGAACCCAAGCCUAACUUUGUCCUAAAAAUUUCAAGAAAGAGCAAAUGUUUUGAGUUUUGUUAUGGUGCAAACAAUCCAUUUUGGCCUUUUGGAUGUACAAUGGUAACACAUAGAAAGAAAAUGAAGAUGGCUAUUUCACUUUUUUUGUUCAA